AUCGGAAAAAAACCUAAAAGACAGAUCUGUCGAGAUAAGCCAAGCUUCAAUUAAUUCGUGUUAUUAAAGAAGAAGAAGAAGAAGACGAAGACCAAUUCAAUUUUGGUCUUAAUUUUGUCUGAAUGACAUAUCUUUAAUUUCGUAGAAAGAAUGACGAACAGCAGCUCGUCAUCUAAGAAACAGGCUCAAGAUCAGCCUGAAACUAGUGAACCAACUCUCAAAUCUCUCAAAGCCAAGAUGACUAAAUCCGACGAAAAGCAGAAGAAGCUUAAAGACAUUGAAAUAAGCGUUCCAAUUGUGUAUGGUAACGUUGCAUUUUGGCUUGGCAAGAAGGCUAGUGAGUAUCAAUCUCACAAGUGGGCUGUAUAUGUUCGUGGAGCAACGAAUGAAGAUAUAAGUGUUGUAGUAAAGAAAGUGGUAUUUCAGCUUCAUUCUAGUUUCAAUAACCCGACUAGAGUUGUCGAGGAGCCUCCAUUCGAGGUAUCGGAAUCUGGUUGGGGAGAAUUCGAGAUUGCAAUGACAUUGCAUUUCCACAGUGAUGUCUGCGACAAGCCUUUGAGUUUAUAUCAUCAUUUAAAGUUAUACCCAGAAGAUGAAUCAGGUCCUUUGACAAUGAAGAAGCCUGUGGUUGUGGAAUCUUACGACGAGAUUGUGUUUCCUGAUCCUUCAGAAAGUUUUCUAGCAAGGGUUCAGAAUCAUCCGGCUUUGACGUUUCCAAGAUUACCCUCUGGUUACAACUUGCCUGCUCCUAUGCAAGUCGAUGACACCGGCAAAAAGAAGAGAGGUGAUACGAAAGAUCAUAGUUUGGGACAGUGGUUCAUGAGUUUCUCUGAAGCAGAUGAGUUAUUACAGCUCGCUGCUGCUCGUCAACAGGUUCAAGCACAUAUUGCGAAACUGAGGCGACAAAUAAGUUUGCUAGAGGGACAGAAUCAGACAAUUAAAACAGGGACAGACCUGUGAAUUCUGAUUCUGUAGCCAUUAUCCUUUGAGUGGGAGAGAUUGGCUUGUUGUAUCUUAAUUGUGUAUUAGCAUAGAUUUCCAUUUUUUCUCUUGUAUGAAUAAACACAAAAAGUGGUGACUAGUCCAAAUUUGUUAUUAGAGGCUCUCCUCUGUUCCAGUCUCGUAAAUUGCCUUUUUGUUUCGAUUCAA